CCCUCGCAGUGGUAAUUUGGUUCAGUCCGAUCUACUGCUCCGAUUCUCUCAUCAGUCAGUCAGUCAGUCAGUGAGCGCGCGUCUGUGUUUAUGUGAGUUCCACUAUAACAGCAUCAGCCAUCAAAACAAACAUACACUUGGGAUUUUAAUAAGAGAUAUUCAAAAUGAAGGAGCCAAUACCUGUGAGCAAAGCAUCUUGAAGAAAAAGAGGCCAGUGUGAGUGUGUGCAUGUGUCUGCACGCAUGUGUGUACGUGGAUGAGCUUUCAUAGGCCAUGUCUGUCCCCGCCAAACAAGAGAGGACAGUGUGCGUCCUCCUUCCCACCAAGGAGACAUUGGACAUUACAGUGGGGCUGAAAGCAACAGGUCAAGAAGUGUUUCAACGUGUCUGCGAGCUUCUCGGGGUUAAAGAGCUGCACUACUUUGGAUUGACUUUAGUCAAAAACAAUGAGUACAUCUUUCUGGACUUGGAAGAGAAACUUGCCAAGUACUUCCCUAAGGAGUGGAAACAGGACUCAGGGAAGCAGGGGUCACAGAGGAGGUCAAUCCCUCCCCUGCUCUGUCUGAAGGUCCAGUACUAUGUGGAGAAUGGCAGACUCAUCUGUGAGCGUAAAGCGAGAAAACUCUACUACUUUGACCUGCGGGAACGUGUCCUUCGCUCAGAAUGCAGACAGCAGGAGGAAGUGUAUUUCCAGCUAGCAGGAUACGCCCUACAGGCCGAUCACUCUGACCACCUCUCAGAGGGCCACAGUCACGGACACGCUAUGUAUUUCCAGCCCAAAGAAUACUUUCCACCCUGGAUAAUUGCGAAGCGUGGCAUUGACUACCUGCUGUGUCACGGGCCCAAGGUUCAUAAAGAGCUGUGGGGGAUGUCCUCUCGUGACGCUAUCCUGCUCUUCAUCAGAGAAUCCUGCCGUCUGGAGGAUGUCCCAGUCACCUUUUAUCGCCUCCAGAAGGACAAGAAAGAAGAGAAAGGUUCAGCACUCCUUGGACUGACUCUUCGAGGAAUGCAAGUGUAUCAGGAGGUGAACAAUGUGCGUGAUCUGUUGUAUGACUUCCCCUGGUUUCACGUGGGACGACUCACCUUUCUGGGGAAGAAGUUUGAGAUCCAGCCGGAUGGUUUGCCCUCAGCGAGGAAGCUGGUGUACUACACUGGUUCGGCUUUUCGUUCUCGACAUCUUCUACUCCAUCUGAGUUCCUGUCACAGAUUGUAUCUCAGCUUGCAACCUGCGCUCAAACACCUGCGCCAACUAGAGGAGACCGAGGAGAAGACGAGGUAUCGUGAAUCGUACAUCAGUGAUGAGCUCGACCUGGAUCACCCCUGCAGCGAGGGCAGUCCCCGUCUGUCUCGACACUCCACCAGCAGCUCUGGCAUUGAGGCGGACACCAGGCAACACAGCGUCUCCGUAGAGAUGGUUUCCAUGGAGGAGAAGGAAAAGUCCUUCAUCUCUGCCAUCAGUCAUGGCUUCUUACACACCUCUGGGAUCGACACAAGCUGCAAAGCUCGGACUGAUGAAGACAAGUGGCAGGAGGAAGAUUUGCAGGAGAUGGUGAAGGAGCCCGGGGAGGUUUCUGUGGACGACCCUGUGGAUAUCUUGCGACUGGCUGAGCUACUAGAGGGCGUGUCCGUCGACUGUCCCGCCAUCCAAUCAGACAAUGAGUGUAAAGGUCUGCAAAUGAGCUCAGUUACAGGCAACGAUCCAGACGUCAUGAAACAGGUUUCGAAUCAGAAGGCUCGUAACCCGGUUGACCGCUACAGUCUGAGUCUGGACGACGUGCGACUGUUUUCCCCUCUUCUCCCGCUAGGAACGGCAUCAGUUCCAGACACCUCCGUCAGCUACGCGUUUGGGCUCCCGCACACCACAACCAGCCCAUGUCCAGACAAAUCUUCUUUCUGCGCCCAGCGCUCCACAAACUGCCUAUCUCUGGACCUGCUGGAUGAUAACCAGAUGCUGGAGCUUGUUCUAUAAGAAACUGAGAGAACUGCAGCUUCCUGUUGUCUUCCUGUUUAUACCGGACAGCAAAAUGAAGACAAAACUGAAGUGUAAACAGGACACAUUUUUAACAGGACUUUCAUUAAAACUCAACCAUACACUUAAAUGUGUUUCUAUGCUGUUCAACAGCAGGACAAUAUGAACAAUUGUGGGUUGUUUUACAAAUUAUACAUGUAGAAUUUUGUUGAUGAACUUUGUACAGAACUUGUUAAUGGAUAAUCUUACAAGGAGCAAGGCAUUCCUGCACUAACACUGUGUCGCAUCAAGGUGUGAUGCAAAAAAAUCACUAAUGAUAAAAUCUAUUUCUUCCAUGUAAAUUCGAACUGGUCGCAACCUCAAUGAGCAACAAGAAGGCCCUCCCAUAGUGAACUUUCAUUUGUCUAAAUUCUGUUCUCUAAACAUCAAAAGCUAAACAUUUUUGCUUUUAUUGUGGACACACCUUGUUAGGACAUGGUGUAACAAUAAUGCUACAAAGUUUGUGGAGGAGCUUUCUCUGAAAUACAGAAUUAAUACAGACAGAAGCUGCUGGAAUAACCAGUUCUCUAAAAGGAAAUCCUAUACUCGUGCAAUUUAAAGCCACGUUCCUUUAAAGUCGGCAUGAAACGAAAGUUGCGAUAGUCUUUUCUUCCCUGUUGUGACGUAUAUCAGAGUCAAACAGCUUCUCGAAGAAAAAAAAAUGUAGGGCGGGAAUUGAUUUUGUCCAUUGGGUAUUGAUUGGAUCUUUGGAUGGUUGUGGUUUGCUAUUGGUCGAUCUCAUUUGAGUGACAGGUUGUCCCGCCCUUGUGCCAGUAAACACAUCAUUAGAGAAGAGAUUUUGCUGCAAGAGGGAGGGGAAGUUAUUUUGAUUAUGAGUGCACAUUAAUUUUUUUUUUUUUUUAAUUCAUUAAAAAAUAAUUAAAAAUGUUGAUAUCUUUAAACAAGAUUCCCUUAAUAUUGGACAUUAUUACAGGUGCAUUAUUAAUGUCAGUAAACUCAUUCAGCCAUGUACAGUUUGAGUCAUUUUCGAUCAUGAGAAUUUUGUCGCAUCAUUCAAAGACACUGAACUUGCACCGCUUGUUCUCCUGUUUCAAAAACCAUUGUGUACAGACAAUACUCAUGUUCCCUUACCUGAGUUACAAAGCACGUGUGAACCCGCUCAAACCAGCAAUCAGGAUUGAACAGAAAGUUAAAAGGUCAAACCAAAAUAUUUCAUUUGUUUUUUGCAAGGUCUAACCAUUGGUUUAAUAUAAUAGCAAAUAGUUUGUUAUUUCCUACACAAGUAAUGCAGAACUGAGAUGAACUUUUGUCACAAUAAGAACAAAGAUUUUUUCGCUGUAUAUAGAUCAGUGUUUGUUUUGUUCAGGAUACAUGGAGCUCUUUUGAUUUUGAUAAUUACAAAAUAUACAUCAAGCCCUCGGAGGUUGUCUAAAUAAUGGUGGGUGUCACUUCUUCAUCUAUGUAUUGUAAACACACAUCCUAUUAAAAGCAUGCCCAUGUGUUCCUUUCAGUGAAAGGAAAAACUGAGAAUGAACAGUAUGAAUAAACGUAGCUGGAAUCUGUCAA